AUGGUGAAUUCCAUGAGCACCACCUCUUUCUCAGCAAACAAUCAAUCCUCAAGACUCUUGACUCCAACCCGUGGAUCGAAGAGUGAUGAAUGUAUGUUUUCAAAACUUGCUGGAGACCUCCGAUCUUUGAUCUCGCCUGAUGAUCCAACGUUGUCUCCUGGACAACAAGCAAGGAAGCGUAGAGAGGAGUUCUUCAGCACCAGACCUGUCAAAGUCCAAAAGGUCAUCAGAGAAGAUACUCCAGGCCGAAGAAUGCGAGCCGCUACCCAGUCCGUCAAAGAUUCUACUCAGAGCUCCCUGCCGCCUUGGCUUGACGACUUCAGCUCAAAGCUUGUGAUUAAGAAAUGGCCCAAAGUUCUGGAAUAUCAUGAGACAUUUGCGGCCUUUUAUGAGGCCAAAAAGAGGUAUGAUGAUAUCGAUCGUCUGCUCAAGACCCCCGAGGGAAGAAUAUUCACGUCCAAGCUGAAAGAGCGAGGGCCUCUACGAGCCACUCUACUCGGGGCACACAGCGAAAUUAUGGCCGAGAUCUAUGCAGAGACGGAUCCUGACCUGCGAGAUAUGUUAUUAGAGAAGUACAGACUGGAAGGAGGGGAUGAAAUCAGCGAGCUUCAGUCCCCUGAAAGCUCAAUUGAGGAUUAUCUCUAG